CCAGCACCUCCGCCGACGGUUCCGCCGCCCGACGAAAGCAGCACCGACGAGGACGCCGGUGGCUGUCCCAACUACUCGUCGACGUCGACGGCCAGCACCGCCGCCGCCGCCGCGGUCUACAACAACGCCAGGGAGCCUACAAGGGUCUCUACCUUGAAGGUAGGAGCGAAGAAGUAGGAUUAAAACAAUCUCAAUUUUCUUCCUGACCCACUGAAUCUUCUCAAUUCACUCAGGAACUUCUCUAGACUCAUAGCAGGGCUUCUUGAUAAGACUAGCAUCAAAAUGCGACAUUUUGAACUUUAAAUUCAGAUCGGAGCUCAGAAAUUGGCAAAAAAAAAGCAUGUCAAGAAAUUUUUUCAGCUCAUGAACUUAAAACUUCCUUCAUAGACUUUUUUGAACACAUACUUUGAACCUAUCCUUUCUCAGCAAAUCCCCGUUGAAUUUUCAUCGAUGAAGCCCAUUUUGACUUUCCACCGGGAUUGAACCUGCGACCCUUUGAACCAUAGACAAGCUUCUUGCCGACUGCGCUAACCUCUCACUAAAUUUCCAGCGAGAAGACAAGGAGAAGAAGCAACGAGAAAGGAUCGAAAGAGAACGUCGUGAGCUGGAAGAAAGACGUGUCGAGACCCGAAAAACCUCGUCAUCGCCUUCGAUGACGCCACCAGUGACGUCACCCGUCUCACAUCAUCCUUUAGGAGAACGGACCAGCUACGUCGAGGUUUUCAGACAAAAUAAAAUUACCGAUCAAAUUUUGUCAGAUGAACUUUUCCUUGUCAUUUGAUAGUGAAACCGGCAGCUUGUCACAGAGUCGGAAGGAACAGCUAAGUUUCAAGGAAAAGGUCCUGGCACGGAAAAGCUACAGUAUCCUAGGAGGAAUGUCUAGAGGGACUGGAAUUAUAGUCUAUCUAUCAGCAUGAUGGUGGAGUUCAGCUUUAAAAAAGUUUAAAAAAUGGUGUAGCCUCUUGAGAAGCGUAUGAAUGGACUUUGGUCAGUAAAAUCACUUUUUGUUCAAUUUUUCAAGUGAUACUCCGAAAAAAUGAGCCCAAAACCUUGAGAAAGAGAGGAACUUCUUGAAAAGCUUAUGAAUAGACUAUGGUCAGCAAAAUCUUUUUUUGAUGGAAUUUUUCGGUGAAAUUUCGAAAAGAUAAGCCGGAAACCUUGAAAAGCAGCCUAACUUCUUGAGAAGCUUAUGAAUGAACAAUAGUCAGGAAAAUCCUUUUUUAUUGGUAAUUUCGGGUGAUACUUCGAAAAAAUGAGCCGAAAAUCUUGAAAAAGAGACAAACUUCAUGAAAACGCUUAUGAAUGGACUAUGGUCAGAAAAAUCCUUUUUUGUUGGAAUUUUUCGGUCAAACUUCAAAAAAUUAGCCAAAACAUUGAAAAAGAUCGUAGCCUCUUGAGAAGCUUAUGAGUAGACUACGGCCAGAAAAAUCGUUUUUUAUUCGAAUUUUUCGAUGAUACGUCAAAAAAAUGCCUUCAGAACCUUGAAAAGGUGCCUAACCUCUUGAGAAGCUUAUGAAUGGACUAUAGUCAGAAAAAUCCUUCUCUGUUCGGAUUUUUCGAUGAUACGUCACAAAAAUGAGCUCAAAACCUUAAAAGUAUACUUUUCCAGGAGCCACCAUCCACAACAACGACCCUUGAUCGACGGGAUCGGAAGGCCGAAAAAGCUCUAGUCCGAAGAAUCACCAACGAGAUGCAGAUGGCCACCUACGUUCAUAAAAUCGACGUUCCAAACGUCAAACAUCCAGUCGGAGGUCAGCAAGUUAGAAUUCUUCAUAUAUAGUCCUACUCAAGAUCUUGGACCCUUUAAAUCCGAUAAAGGUACAUUAAGAGGCCAAAAAAGGUAUCUCAAAUAUCUCCAACUCCCUUCUGAAUAACUACAAUUAGUUACUCCAUUCCUCCACAAUUCAAAAAAUCUGACCGUCUGUGCUCUCUUUCUCUCUCACUUCCUGAAAAAAGAUCAGAGCGCUAGGGCAACUAUUCCUCUUAAAAAUCCGCUUCGAUUGAUUAAGCUGUUGGGAGGGUCUUACUGGAUUAAUAAAAAAUCCUUAUUUAAUUUUCCAAUUUGGGAAAAUUUUAAGUGUCCUCUAUAGGGUUUUGACGUUUUAAUGUAGUGGUCACAUUAGUGGCCACUUAAGGGGUUAAAAAUUAGUGGCCACUAUAGAGGUCUAAGUGCUACUACUAGACCACUAAAAAUUUUAGUGGCCACUUUAGGGGUCAAUGGAUCAACAUAACUGGUCCAAUCUGUUUGUUAUAAAAUUAUCAGAGUUACUGGAAGGAAUACUGGAUGAAAAACUACUGAAGUGGCCACUAAAUAGAGAACCUUUAUAGUGGCCACUAAAACGGAAAAUAGUGGCCACUGUAGAGGUGGGUUUAGUGGCCACUUUAGUGUCCUCUCGAAGUAGUCCUUGGCGAGCCUCUAUAGUACUAAAAAUUUUCCCAGAUCAACAUCAGUCCGAAUUUCAAGUUUCACAUCUUGACCGAGCCACAUAAAACCCAAUUUUCACCCCUAGACUACUUCUUACCGUAGAAAACUAUAUAUAGCUCAUUUUGAAUUCAAAUAUAUGACAAAAUAGUGUGCAAAAAGGAGAGGUCCAGACAUUUGUUUUCUGGCGGUGAAUGUACUUUCAUCCAAGACUUUCCAGCCUACACCCCCGGGGUAUACCGUAUCCGCUCAUUACGGUUCUUCGAAGUCGGUUUGCGUCGGCUGCUCUGGUCGCUAGGCAAGUUCCUCGCCAACCGGCCAUUCUCCUCGAUCGUAAGCCUCUACCGUAGUCUUUAUCUAUCCUACUGUAGUUUGUGGCGAUACUGUGCUUUGCGAUGGCGCUGGCGAUGCCGAUCUACCGGCGAGAGCAGAUUUUCGUUGACGUGCCUUUCCGACACCUUUUCGGCACGGCCAGUGACGUCAUCGCCAACAGCGUGGUCCCUGGAGGGGUCGCUCCGAAGUCUCCCGACUUCAACUACAGUAAUCCGGCGUUUACUUCGCUCAACUUUCGGGAGAGGCAACAUUACGCCGUUUUGCUCAGGACCAUGUAAGUGGCUCAUUUUUUUUUUUUUUUGAGAUCCCUUUUUUUGAGAUUCCUUAAAGGGAAGAUCGUAAGCCUCUACCGUAAUAAUUCAUGGUUGAGAACUUCCUGAAAAUCGGCCAGAACGCUCUUGAUGGAUCAGAAGAAUAUUCUGAAAGUCUCAAACUGCACAACAUCCUAGUUUUCGCUGCAAGUUCAAAGAAAACGCUCGAAAUCUAUUGAAAUGAGCUAUUUUGGGGCUUUAGACCCUUAUUUCUCGAGAACUAGGAAGUUGUGCAGGUUGAGACUUCCAGAAUCUUCUUCUGGUACACCAAGGAGUGUUCUGGCCAAUUUUCAGGAACGCAAAGGAAAAUGACCUUCCCUGUAGGGAUAUGGAAACAUUGAAAAAAGAUCAACGGCUUCGAAAAGGGAAUUUUUUCAAGCAGAAUAGAAGUAAAGAAUACAGAUGAUUCGGAUCGAUCUGGGAGUUUCACAAGGUUUUUAGAUAGAUAUUGGAACGGAUUUCACGGAAUGACUGAAAUUAAUAAAAUUCGUCAUUUUAAAAGGUCCCGAAACGUAUAUUUCAAUGUUAGGAAGGUCUGAAAAAUGAAGUUUUCAUACGCAAAAAUAAAUUAAACGUUAAGUUUUCAUACGUGAGAGCUCACUUUUUGAUCAAAAAUCCAAGAAUGCAAUAUUUUAGAAUUAUAAAAUAGGAACUAAAACUUAAAAAUUCCCUUCUUCAGACCUUAAAAAUUUGAAGCGACCUCCCAAGGUACCAAAUAUAGCUGGUCACUCUAGGAGCCUUUUGACUCUUUCGUAGCUUAAGAAACAGUUUUUUCGGGACUUUAUUCUUUUUUUUCAAGUUUUGGGCGAGCUUUUUCCGCUUUUCACUAUGUUAAAAACUGAAAUUUGAGCGAAUUUUUAUACAAUCUGAACAAAAUCAGCUCAAAAAUACCCAAAAGUGACAUCUAUUCGAAAUAAAGACGUUUUUAUGAUUGUACAAGAGUCUAAAGAUCCGGAAUGAAAAAUACUUUUUUUAAAAAAAUUUUUUUUGAAGUUUUUUUGAAACAGUGAUCCUUUGAAAGUUUUUUUUUUUUUUCCUCUUUUUUUAAAAACAUUCCGCCCUUCAGCGCUACUCAAUCUAAUCCACCACGUUUUUUUUUUUCUGUUUAAUAAGGGGCGUGGCCAGCCAAUGAGAGAAAAAGCUUACUGGAGCGCGCUUGUAGAGCAACCCUUGGAUGUGCUAUAAAAAAAAAUAAAAAAGUUUUUUUUUUCCAACGGAUCACUGUUUCAGAAAAACUUGAAAGUCGUUUGAAAAAAGUAUUAUCAUUCUCUCCCAUUUUUCUUUUGCACAAUUAUAAAAAAAACCAUUUCUUUACAAAUAAUUAUACUUUUGUGUCAAAAUUAGGUAUUGUUAAGCUGGAACUGUUCUGAAACAGUAAUCCAUCGGAGUAAAACUUUUUUUUUUGUUCUUUUUUUCAUAGCACAUUCACGUGUCGUUCUGCAAGUCCGCUCCAGUAAGCUUUGUCUCCCAUUGGCCGGCCACGCCCCUUUUUUUUACCUAGUAGGGUUUGAUUGAAUAGCGCCGAAUGAACUGAACUUUUUGAAAAGGGAAACAAUUUUAAAAAAAAUUAUUUUCAACGGAUCACUGUUUCAGAAAAACUCUAAAGUCGUUUUAAAAAAGUAUUAUCAUUCUCCCCCACUUUUUCUUUUGCACAAUUAUAAAAAACAGCUUUAUUUCAAAUAAAUUAUAUUUUUGAGUCAAAAAUUAGGUAUUUUUUUAUGUUUAAAAUUGUUCAGACUAUGUUAAAAUUCGCGAAAAAUCAUUUUUUUACAGAUAUAAUGUCAAAAAAGUUUAGCUAGAAAAAGAAAAAAUUUUUCAGCUCUUCAAGGGAUACAGUUCUACGGAAAGACGCGGUUCUCGCCUACACAGCCUUGAAAAAGAAACUCGAUCAUUUUCCUUUGGAAAAACGGGAGGUAAAGAAAAUUAUUCUUUGUUCAAAAAAGCUUCAAAAAUCGAGGCUCGAUGGAAAAAAUGUAUAUUUUUCAGUUCCUCGUUUCCUGCUCUCAGGAAUGCGAAAUGGACCGGGAUAUGGUCGAUCGGAUCGUUAAGAAAAGUCCUCAGGUUUUCGAAUUUUUCAUAAAUCUCAAGGAUUAAUCAAAUAAAAAUUUUCUUUGAUCCUAAGCGUAAUCAAAUAAUCUUUUAUAAACAAAUAAUAAUUUCAUAAAAUCCCAAAAUUCAAUCGAAUACUCCUUAAGGUUGCUCCUAACCUAUCCGGAAACCUAUGUGACUACAAGCAAGGAUUCCUCGAACAUGACCAGGCUGUACAUUGGCGGAGCCGUUGGGGGUGAGUUAAUUCCAAGAUUCCCAUUAUUUCUUCCCUGCUACGGACUUCAAAGAUCAAAAUGUUGAAUUCCCAACAAUUUUUAUUCUAAGCUUUAAACUUGGUCCCUAUUCAAUUUUCGCCUGCAAAAAAGCUUUUCAGAUUUUUUUUUCAUCUUUUUCGCUCCUAGUUAUGAAACGCCUUCAGGAAUAAUUUAUAGCUGCCAAUUUCAAAUCCUGAAUAUUAUUUUGUGAAGGGUUAUAAAGAUGCAGAUAUUCGACAGUUGAAAAAGUUUUCAAAAAGUUGUAAGAGGUAUUCAAAAAAGUCCAGUACUUUUUCUUUUGAAACUUAAAUUUAUCAUCCAAUUAUUUUUUUGAGAAAAAAUUAUUUGAAAAAUACCCUCUGUCGAGGCGUUGAAAUGGAGUGAUAACUGAUUUUUCACCUCUGUCUUCAUUUUUUCAUCAAGUCAUGAAAAUUACACUCUCUAGGCCUUGAGAAAGGCUUAUAAAUUGGUAAUGAAUCGAAAAAAACCUUUUUUUCCAUGGGUGAUAUUUUAAACUCCCCCUCCCCCCUUACAGAUCUUCUUUUUUUACUUGAAAAAUCAUAUAAAACUGACUGAUAAAUAGAAAAAUCAACCGAAAAAAACCACAUUUUUUUCACUGGUGGAAUUUUUGAACUCCCCCUAUCAUCCUUUUACUGACCCCCUUACAUAUCAUCAUUUUUUUAUUACAAAACCAUAUAAAUUUUUUCCCCCAAUAUAUCCAUUUUCUCAUCAAAAUCUAGAAAAAUCUCCUCUGCAUGAGUAAUAUACUGAAUUUUUCCUCCUUAUCUUCAUUCUUCCUCGAAAAUCAUGAAAUAACCACUUUGCAGGCGUCGAAACGGACACGGACGGUGCGAUCUCCCGGGCGGCUUCAUUAUUGAUGAAAUUUGAGCUGCGCGAUGAUCUAUCGGAGGACGAACAAAGGGCCUGGCAACGGCAUUUCGACGAGCAGGUCCCUUUGAAUUUUUCAAUAUCUCGUUUUUUCUUUUCAAAGCGUCUGUUUACAAGAGUUCCAUCGUUCAUUUUUUGUUCUAUUAGAGUUCUUUUUUCUCAAUAUUAUUCAAAAAGCAAGCUUUUAGGAGUUGAAACUUGGAUUUCUACGUAAUUUCCGGUUUCAAGACUCAUUUCUAGUCAAAUACGAUCAUUUAUUGCUCGAUUUCUGAAUGAAAAUCCAUUUUUAACAUCUUCUUUCCUAAAUUUCUACUCUUUUUUCAAUCUCCAUGGCCCUAGUACGAUUCUUUCUCCACAAUUAUCGACUUGACUCAAAAAAAAAACUUGGACUUUCCAACACUUUCUUUUGAAUUUUCAACUGAAAGACUACAAAUUUCCGAUUUUCAUGGCUCAUUUAUUAUUGUAAGACUCUUUUUUUCCGAUUUAAGAUAAAAUUUUGAAGAAAAUAUGACUGCCUGGAACUAUAAACUUACAAAAACUAUUAACACAUCGGAUUUUUUCUCAAAUAAUCUUACUUUCAGGUCCGUCUGACAGCCGCACAGAGCCUCAACAUGCUGCCGUGGUCUCCAGAAGUUUUCCGGAUUACUGUGAUUGAAGCGAUCCAGGAUCAGUACUGGUGGGUCUGAAGAAAAAAUUUUGACCAUUAAAAAACGAAAAAAAAAAAUCUAUACUUCACGAAAUCGGGCGAAAGUCAAAAAAAUCUCUAGAAGGAUUUUUUAAGCUUCAUAAAUAAGACAGUCCCGAAAUAAAAAAAGGUCAGAAUUCAGAAUAUUUGAGAAAUAUUCCCUGUUCAGAAAACUAUUGCCUUGAAACUGAGCAAAAAAGUCGUGAAAUUGGAAAAAAAAAAGACGUUUCAAGAAGUUUUUACCGCUAAAAAGGAUUAGGCUUUCAAAAAAGUUAAUAAAUGUCCGGACCGGAGAAAAUAUACCGAUUAGAAAAAAAUUUCUGCCAGUCGAAUAAUCCCCAUAUCGAGCGAAGAAAGAUACUUAAAAAGAAAAAAGAAUAUUCAGGUGGCUGAUCGUUUGCGCCUUCAUCCUGUUCAUUUUCUGCUUUGCCGCCUCGUUCGGAAUCAAUGCCUAUCAGGUUUGACUUCGAAAUUUCACGUAGAAUAUAUACAUAAUGUAUAAAAAUUAAUUUGAAAAAAAGAGAAAAAAUCGAAAAAAAAUAUCCGCUCUUCCCCUUGAGAGAGCGCAGAGAGAAAGAGAGUUCCAUGGAGCACGUUUACGCGAAAUGCCGAGUUUUUACGGGAACAAUCAAUUUUAUUUUUAAAAAAUAAUUUUUUUUGAAUUCAAACACAUAUUCAUGAAGUUUAUAAGAUAUAGUUCAGCUUAAUAGCUCGAAAAAUGGAAGUUUUGAUAUUUUAUAACUUUUCAAAGUUUUCAGUCAAAACCGCUGGUCGGUAUCAUGAUUUUCGUCGCGUUGAUCGUCUCUGGGCUCACCGGUUGGUUUAAAAACUCAUACUAAGGAAUGUUUUGGAAGAAAAAACUUAUUUUUUCUCGCAACUAGAGCAUGUUUUUAAAGAUCAUCUUCGAAUAAACCAAGAUAUUGAGGGAAAUAAACAAAUUUCCAGGGCUGGCGAUGCAAUUCUAUCGGGAUUCGGCUAUUGAUCCGCUCAUUUGGCCUGUCGCUUUUGUUUCUUUGGGUUUGUUCAAGGAAUUUUCAUUUUUAUCAGUAAUUUUAGUGAAGAAUAAGUCUGAGAGAGCAAUUUUGAGCUUCUAAUGAAACUAUUCCUCGGAAAAAUCUGAAUUUCGAGGCUCUCCCUUUCAAAAAAUAGUCUAAAACACUGUAAAAAAACCUCUUUUUUUCGCAUUCCAAUCGUUCGAAGACCUUUUUAAUGAAAAAAAUCAAGUUUUUUUCUCGAUUUUGUUACAAGGUAGCCAUCAAUAUAUUAUAAAUUAGAGAAUUAUUUCCCUAAAAAAAUUCAAUUUUAUCCCUAGAAUUAGUUCAAAAAAAGCGAAAAACGAAAAGAUGACUUUGAAACCAUCUGAAAAACAAAUCUAUCAAUAAAGUACGUAAAAAAAUGCCAAAAAUGGCUUCAGAACGACGUAGAAACCUCAUUUUGGACAAGGAAACGUCAGAAAAAUUCCUUUUUUUCUGGCUUCAUCAUAAACUUUUGCGUUUUUUGACGUUGUAUCGAGCGAAAAGGAUGAUUUCAACUUUUUUUUUGAAUAUCAGCUGUUAAAAAUUGUAUUUCAACUUAGUGUGAAGGUUUUAAAGCAAGAUUUUCCCUUUUCUUAGCGCGAUUUUUUUGUUUUUUCGAUACUUUCAAAGCCAUAUGCCCUUUCCGGACCCACAAAUCCUCCAAAAAUUAAUUAUCUCUUUACUUUUCCGAUCAUAUUCCCGAAAGGUGUUAAAAUUCGAAGCCGCGUAGGAAGGAUAUCCGUCAAUUAGGCGCGCCUCCGCGGAAACCUCGUGGCUCAUUUUACACGCACUUUACUGUUUCAGAAAGCUUUUUAGACAUUUUUUGUAUGGUUCUUUUUGUUGAAUAGAUGCUGUUGCCGCUGAAAAUGCUCAAACAAUCAAAUACGAAAAAAAGAUAUUUUGGAAAUUUUCGUUUUUUUCCCCACCAAAAUUGGUUUUCGCCUCAAUCUAAAAUUCCACCGUAACAAAAAACUUUUUCAAAUAUUCGAUUUCAAAAAAAAAAUUAGGGAUUUUUCUGUACUCUUCCGACCUGUAACGGUUUUCGCUUCACAGUAAUUUCUCUAAGCUUCAGGAAAGCUUGAGUCAAUGAAAAAUCAUUUGGAAAGAUGAAACGCGCGAAAAUACCCUUAGAUUGAUAAAAAAAAAAUGUUCUUGUCCCGAUCUGAAACGGUUUUCGCUUCAACAUACUUUUUCUAACCUUCAGGACAGAUCCUAUCAAGAAAGCAGGAAACAUGAAAAGCGCAUAAAAUUCAAUAAUCCAAUGAAAAGUGCAAAUUUUUUCCUUUGUCCCGACCCAAAACGGUUUUCGCUUUAACGUACUUUUUUCAAGCUUCUAGAAAUUAUUAAUACAUCAAAGAAUCAUUCGAAAAAAUGAAAAGCGCAAAAAAUCUCAAUAGAUCGAUAAAAAAGAUUUUUCUUUUCCUUGUCCCGACCUGAAACGGUUUCCGCCACAGCGCACUUUUUACAAGCUCCUAGAAAGUCUUGUUAAAUCAUCAAAAAAUCAUUCGGAAAGAUGAAAAGCGCGAAAAAUCCCAACAGAGCGAUAAAAAAGAUUUUUCUUUUCCUUGUCCCGACCUGAAACGGUUUCCGCCACAGCGCACUUUUUACAAGCUCCUAGAAAGUCUUGUUAAAUCAUCAAAAAAUCAUUCGGAAAGAUGAAAAGCGCGAAAAAUCCCAACAGAGCGAUAAAAAAGAUUUUUUCCUUGUCCCGACCUGAAACGGUUUUCGCGUCAAGGCACUUUUCCUGAGCUUCAGGACAGUUUUUAUCAAGCAAUCAUCAAAUAGGAAACAUGAAGAGCGCAAAAAAUUCAAUAAUCCAGUGAGAAGUGCAAACUUUUUCCUUUUGUCCCGACCCAAAACGGUUUUCGCCUUAACGCCCUCUUUGUAAGCUACCUUGAAGCUUUCUACACUUUGAAUUUUCAAGGAAAAAAUCCCAAAGAACCGAAAAAGAUCAUCGAUUUCUUGUUUUUCUCCAUUCCGUCUAAUUCGAUUCUCUAAAAUCGAAAAAAUGUGGAAAAACUUUGUAGGGAUCGGACUCUUGUGGCUGUUCCACCUGCACCACAGCUGGGCCCGUUAUUCUUCGGCCGCCGUUCAUCCGACGGAAAAGAUUGCUUUCAUUUUGGCCCAUGAUCUUCCCGGGACGGUUUCGGCGGCCGCCGUCGUCGUCGUCACGUUUUGUGAGUUCUUAUUCCGAUUUUAAAAAAGUACUACGUUUUGAAAAUGUUCAAGCUGUACGCUUCAGGACUCGCGGAGUUUAGCGGAAAACUUCAAAAAAUUGGAAAAGUUAGAUAGUCUGUUUUUCGCGACUUUAAAGACUUCUCUGUGACCUCCUUGUCUCUCGACUUCUCAUAUAUACGUGCUAUUUCCAUGUUUCUCUGACCUCGCCGUGGAGGGAUGAGAGAGACGCAAACACGCGAAAACUGAUCAAGUCGCGGUGGAUGGACUAUAACAUGAGUUUUCUAACAAGACUUAGUGGAGGGGAGGAUUCUUUAGGACUCAGGGGGAUCUAAGAUCCAGGGGGCGGGGGAAGAACCAGAGAAAAAUUUCAGAAAAACUUGAACCUCGCAUUUUCAGUAUGGAUCAGUAUUGAAAAAGACGAAAAGAAUCUCUAUUUUUUUCUGAGAGUUUAGUGGAGGGGGAGAAGGAAUGGGGGACCAGAAUAAACUAUUUAAAAAACAAACUUGCACCUAGCAUUUCCAAUAAUGGGAUCUGUAUCAAAUAAUACCAAAAAAUGUUCGAAAUUCAUCCCGGCAUCUUCAUUUUCAGAAAGGAAAUUUGGAUCAGCUUGAUUUUUUGAACCUCACUGAAGAAAUAUGACUGCUAGCAAGCCAAGUAAUUUCCUUAAAGCUUACAAAAAGCUCUCUGAUGCUUCUAAAUGGGAAAUUUCAGUGGUGAUGGGCUUCGUGAUGACCAACGCCCACAUGGGAGCCGUCUUUCUGGGCGUCGCCGCUUCUGUGGCCAUCAUCAUUGUUUUUUCCGUUUUGUAAGCUUGAAAAAAAUCUCGAACUUCGAAGAAAAAGUUCAGAUUCGUAUCUGUUUUCGUCUACAUUGGUGGAAGAAGAGAAGCUCGCGGAGUGAAGUGGUAUCAGUUGUUCAAAACUGGGGACACUCAUUUCACAGGUAACUUGUUGAAGCUUCAGGAGUACUCUAUGGAGAAACGGGUUGAAAUUUAGAUUUAUGAAGAAAAAUUGAAGCUUCGAAAGGUUUUUAAAAAACCGUAUAAGCUUAAAAAUGACCUUUAAGCUUUGAAUUUGUUUUUCCAAGAUUUCAAGCAGUUUUUUUGUUUUUUGAAGCUUUCAAAGUCGGUUUUCUUGUUCUGAUAAACUUGAAAGAGCAUCUAAAAUUGAAAAAAAGACCUUAUUCCAAAAGAAAAAAAUUGCUCUUUUCACUAUGCAAAAUUUGUUCUCAUGAAAAAUUUUUUCAACCCAAUUUUUUUCUGACACAUUCCUGAGAUUUAUCUAGACAUUUUUCAGUAUGAAACUGGCUUCUAUCGGCAAAAAUAUAAGGGAAAUUGAUUUUUUUCGAUUAUUUUUUUGAAGGCCAAUAUAUUUUAGUAGAAGUUCAUGUGAAAAAUUGUUACGCAAAUGUAGGGACCGCAGGCCAAUUUCCAAAGUCAGUGAUAUAAAGUUGAAAACCUAUUUGAAAAAGAAAGCUGAUGGCAAUCGAGAGCUAACUGCGAAAAACAGAAAAGAAAAAAAUAUGAAAAAAAUGAAAAAGUUAUAAGCAAAAAAAGUGGCGAAAUCGGGUGAACCACUUUUGUGUAGAAACUUUCGUCAGGGUCGCAGGAAAAAGGGGCGUGUUUAUAGAUGCCGCGCGCUCCUUUGCUGUGCGUUAAUUCACGCAGGAGACGUUUCGAAAAACAUAUUUAUUUGAGUUUUUUUAGAAGUUUUAAAUGAAAUAUUAGAGUUUUCAUAUUGAAUAUUGCUCUUUUUCAAUAUCAGCCUACUCUUCAAGCACUCACGCUGCUGAAAAGCGAGUUUUGAAGAAGGUUUCAAUGCAUUUCGUAAAAAAAGAAAAUAACCGACAAAAUAGACCUUUGCGAAGGACGAACAGCAUCAAACCGAAUUGAAAAUGUACGCAAAUGUUUAUAGAGUACAAAAACCGUUCUUGGUUGAAGAAAAAUAGGAUUUCAAUAAAAAUAAUGAAUCUAGUCGCACUGAUCGAGGGGGAUCAGACAGUGCUUUCUUAAAAUAUUCUUUGAAAUUUCGAGCUCAUUCUCAAACUCACGGCCCUCUAGAAACAAGAGCUUCAGCUCUGUUCAAAGCUCAAGCUCAUAAUUCUCCAAGACCAAUUCAAAAUGACUCAAUUCAGCCCCUCAACUGUCCUCCUUCGACUCGUCCUCCCUAUUCUCCCUACACGACCGUCUUCUGGACACCCGGCCGUCAGCCACCAGGGCCGUGGGCUGCAAACUCAUCGCCAGAUCCAUGAGAUAUCCGAUCGUCUUUUUCUGCACCGCCUACUUGAUCUUCGCCGUCUGGGGCUGCACCAAUAUGAGGUUCGUUGUGAUUUUCUUCUUCUUGAAUCAAACGCGACUUUUUCAAGUAAUAGUUGGGUGAGAGAGAAACGAAGAGCUAAUUUUUGUGGCCAUUAGAAAAAAAAACUCGUUAGAAACAAAGCUGGCUGGAGAAGACGAGGGCUUCUUACUUCACCCAGAGAAAAACUCCUCGCUUUCUUGUCUCAAAAACUUUUAGUGGCCACUAUAGAGGCUCGCCAAGGACUACUUAGAGAGGACACUGAAGUGGCCACUAAACCCACCUCUAUAGUGGCCACUAUUUUCCGUUUCAGUGGCCACUAUAGAGGUUCUCCAUUUAGUGGCCACUUCAGUAGUUUUUCAUCCAGUGUCCCUUCGAGUAACUAUGAUAAUUUUAAAACGAACAGAUUGGACCAGUUAUGUUGAUCCAUGGACCCCUAAAGUGGCCACUAAAGUUUUUAGUGGUCUAGUAGUACCACUUAGACCUCUAUAGUGACCACUAAUAUUCAACCCCUUAAGUGUCGACUAAUUUGACUACUAUAGUGGCCACUCAAACGUCAAAACCCUGUAGUGGCCACUAAAAAUUUUACCAGUAACAGAUAGAGUCAACGAGGAACAGGAGGAGCUGAAUUCAUUGAAAUAUAGAAUUAAAAUGAACUGGAACUGGAAAAAUAAAACAAAGGAAAGUUUUUCCAAAAUUCUGGGAUUUCUGCUUUUUUUUGAAAACUGAAAGAUUACCUAGAAUGACAAUUCCAGGAUCGACAUCAAGGAGGAGGACUUCUUGCCGAGAGCUUCCAGUGCUACCAAGUUCAUCGAGCAAUACCGGGAGCAGUUCGGCAAGACGACUCAAUUUUUGGAGGUUCUUCAUGAACUUUAUAACACAACUUGGAAAAAUUUGAUUGUUCUGUGAUUCUCUCAUGUUAAAGUUCUGUUGUCUUUUUUCUAUAACCUCGCGAGUGAGAGAAAAGAGAGCGCAGACAGGUCAGACUCUUUCAAGUCGUUACGGUAAACCUAUACAACCGAACCCUACUUAAAAUCGAUUUUUUUUUCCAGUUAUCGAUCGAAAAUUUGAUCGAAUACCACAACGAGUCCACCCAGGCGGCCAUUUUCGACCUCCUCGACACGGCUGUGGUAGUUUUUCCUUUUUUGGACGAGAAAUGAAAAUUUCGAAUUCAGAGCGAUGGCUACGCUACUCGGUCGAUCAGUUGGCUCUCGGAAUUUGUCAAAUUCCAGCAAACCAGCAUUUAUGACAUCACACCGGUGGGUAAUCUGAGCAAUAAUGAGCUUUGAAAUACUAAAAUUUCCCUGAUCUGAAACUUUUUCCUAUAGGUUGUUUAACAUUAGCAAUAAUGAGCCAAGAUGAGAAAUUAUCCUCUGAAGCUCAACAAGAUCUCAAAGUGAGCAUCCAUGGCAUCCCACCGGUGGGUAAUCUGAGUAAUAAUGAGCCAAGAUGAGAAAUUAUCCUCUGAAGCUCUAGUAUUCAUUAAAAAAACCUUGAGGUCCCAAACUUUUGCCCAGAAGUUAUCUAAAAUGAGCAAUAAAGAGGUAAGAUGAGACUAUUAAAGUCAUAGUCUUUAAAAAAAAAAUUCAGUAGUUUCAUGCUCCUUUCCGAAGCUUACAUAACAUUAGCAAUAAUGAGCCAAGAUGAGAAAUUAUCCGUUCAAGCUUCAGUCAGAAAAGCCACACUAUUCGCGAAAUUAGAAUUACCACAACAUGAGCAAUGAUAAAUUCAAUUUCUCAGGACACCUUCGUCCCAGUGGCCAACUUGAUUUUCUUGCGUUCCGAACCCUAUCGAAAGUUUGCGUCGGACAUCUCCCUGGACCGAUAUCAAAACGACAUUGUCAAGUCGCGGAUGUACCUCGAGUUGACGCCGAAAGGCUACUCGCAAAGGUAGAAAUUCAUUGAAAAUCAUUUAAAUCUCUCAAAACGGUUUAGAGUCGCCUUGGUGGACCAACUGCUGAGCAGAGCCGCCGAAAAAGGCUUGCCGAUUUCGGUCAGCGUUCCGGCUUCGAUGUCCCUUCGGCAUGACCUUGGGGUACUUUAUUAUAUACUCUGUCCUACCAAAACUCCAGUGAAACGACACUCUUAAUUUUUGAACCCCGGAAAUUUCAUUCUUUUUUUAUUUCCUGACCCAUUUCCUGUUCUCUCAACCAGUCGGUCAAACUGGAAAAUUAACCAUUUUUUUAAAAUUUGGGUUAUAAAAACCAAAACAGGCUUGACCUUCCUCCAUUUCCAGACCUUGUCCUCCGGCCUCUACGCGUUCGGCAUCGCCUUGGUAUCCCUAUUCGUCCUAUCUUUAAUCUUCUUGGGACAACCAGCCCUGACUUUCCUCCUUCUGUUCACUUCAAUCGCUGGUAUUCAAUCCAGCUCAAAAUUGACACUUAUUCCCAUUUUCAGUUCUGAUCGAAACGGUUGGCUAUGCGGUCCACUGGGGAGUUCCAUUGAACGUCAUCACCUUGACCAUGGCUUUGGCAGGUUUGAAGGGGAAAUUUUGUAGUUACCAAUGUCUUUCCUUUGAAAAAAUUUUCCUCUUCGGAAAUAAUUCAAGACUUUCCAGGAAACGCCUUGACUUGCACCAUUGUCAUGGCGUUCUGCUACAGCUACUCUAUGUCAGGACGGUCGCAAAUUCGCGCCGGCGUUCGAAUUCAGUACACUUUCCAGGUACUUCAAAAUUCGACCUUGAUUUAAAAAAAGGACUCUUAGUAGACCUGUAGCAAAGGUACCACCUUAUAGAGCCUUCCAAUAAGUUCUCACAAAAAUCUUGGAACUACCAACCUAAUCUCUAAUCUUCUAUAGGCGAUUUAGAGCUAGCAGUUUUAGAAUUACCGACUCAACUUCAAUACUUUUUGACCGUUCUAAACCCAUAAGGAUGAAUGUUGAGAAUUCAGAUCGUUCAUUUUUAAACAUACUAAGGGCCAAUAGUAUGAACUCAGGACCUUAGAAAAGGUCUUCAAACGAUUCUAAAUCUGAACGCCAAUAGUUCUCUCUCUCUCUGGGUUAGAUCAUCUACAAAACCCCAUACCAAACUGAAACCUCCUUUCAGGCAACCCUAGUCCCAGUUGUCUUCGCCUGCAUCGUCCCGGUCGUCACCUACCUUCCGAUGUUCGCCGUUGACGCUCCCAUAGUUAGCCACAUCUGGAAGAUACUCGUCCUCAACGCCUCCGCCACCUUGAUCCACUACCUUUUCUUCCUGCCCAAGUGACUUUUCGAAUAUUAAUCUCAGUCAAGACUAGUAGCCUGAUGAUCCUUUAUUGACUUUCAAAAGGAAUAACUUUUCCUUCGAACUGAGCAGAAAGCUCCUUGUCUCAAUCUGCACAACUUUCUAGUUAUCGAGAAAAGAGGGCUCCUAAGCCUUUACCGCUUGAGCGUCCAGUUGAUAUGGCAUGUCCUUGAUGUCAGUGGUAAUCGCUAGACUGACUCUAGUGACAUAUUCGUCCUCAUGGGUGACAGCAGUGAUGGUUUUAUACACCAACAUUUCUUAAACUCGCCCCGGGGAUUGAACUUGUGAUCCUUCGAACCAUAGACAGGAACACAACGUGUUGCGCUACGGCGUGCCAGAAACGAGGGUUGAAUGUCUCAAAAUCAACGGAUUUUGUUAGGUUACCUGACUGUCCUUUCUCGAAAACUAGAGGUUGAGACUUUCUAGAUCUUUGCCCGGUACUUCUAAAAGUACUCUCAUCACCCAAAGUAGAACCUUCCUUAUGAACUGAUUCGUGACGAUUAUUUCUUACGCUUUUCAGCCUGAUGCUCCUACUGUCCGAGCAUUUCUCCCUGGGAUGCUCCUCGCUGAACUGCGCCGAGUGCUGCUGCGACAUGGAUGACGACUCUUCAAUCUACUACAUUCCAACUGGAGGCCGAGCUAUCCAUCCCGCCGAGGGGUUGGUUGAUAUCUGAAUAAAUUCUGAUAGCCAGAAGCUUGAGAAGCCUCAGAAUUUCUAUGAAGUUCGAAGAGUUCUCUUUGUAAACCGCUAAAAGACUUCAAGCUUCUUGAAUGAAGCCUCAGAUCAAAUUAUAAACAAGAGAAGAAAUUUUAGGAUCUACCAACACCCAUCCUACACCUAUUCCGUACCGAAGACGAUCAUCAACCCAGCGCCACCUCAUUAUUUGGCUAUUGGUUGGUUUUCCCAUUUUCCGACUGGGUGGCCAUAAAUGAAACUCGCUUUGAAAAGUUCAUACUUCAUCCUGACUUCAGAAUAAGCCUAUUAGUUGAAUAUAAGCACCUACUGAACCGACUAACCCUUUGAGACGAGUUCUUUUUCUCCAAAUUUCAAGAAAAAUUAUUCCAGCCGGACCACCAUCCAACGCCAUGUACGGUCACCAUGGUGACUAUGGUCAGCGCGACGGAACCAGAAGGUCGAGACGAGUCAGGAGACACAGUGAGGUGAGCAACCUUCCUCCUUCAAAAGAGACAGACGUUAACAAGAGCCCUUAUCAUUGACGAGCUUGACCAAAUAAAAACCUUUCAGAACUCAGUAGCGCCAACAGACAUGCCGACGGCGGCGACGACGCCGAAGCACAUCCGAAGCGAGUCCAAGCGACGACGGCCGAGGAGAGCCGCGUCGAGGGACAGCGAGAUCUACGAGGCGCCGCCUAGUCCGGUAGGUCUUAACUGUGUCUCACUACAUUGAACUUGGAAAAACUUCGAGAAAUUUGAAGAAGAGAAAGUCCAGAAUGGUCUGGCUGAACAAUCUGUAUCAUGCACGGAAAAUAAAGACGUAGAAAACAUUUGAAUUCGCCUCGGACUCAGUCAUAACUAAUCUCAACAUCUACGAGGCAUAUCCUGGUCCGGCUGAUACAGGAGCAGACCUUUCUAAAGAACACCAACCUCUGUUCCUUAAAAAGGUCUGCUCAUGUAUCAGCCGGACUAGGAGGUGCCUCGUAGAUGUUGAGAUUAGUUAUGAUUAUGAGUCCGAGUUGUUAAGGAUAAUUCAAAUGUUCUCUACGUGUUUGUUUUCCGUGGUAGAUACAGACUGAAUGUUAAUACUACCUCCCUAAGGCUAUAACCUGUAUUAGUGUGGUCGAAACUACCUCCUUGAUUUUUUAAAUGGUUAUAAGCCAACCCCUUCUCCCGGGCUGAAUGAGAUCUUUGCCCAUCUAUGUUCCGAUUAGUCUUCGACUUACCUGGUCACUUGAACUUUUAAUAAAUUUUAGAGAUAAAUUUGAAUGAGAAGAAGUCUAGAUUGAUCUAGGUAAACGCCGUAAUCCCCUUAGAAAAACAGAGCAACCUUUUAAUGGCUGAACUAUCCUAAUUGAGUCGGACUCCUGACUAAUUACGAUAUAUACAAGGCAUCUCCUAGUCCGGUCAGUCUUAUUAUUUUCUUAUCGAACUUGAGAAGUUUCUGGGAGAGAUUUUACGGGGAGGAAGUCCAAAUGAUCUGGGUAAAAGCAUAGAAAAUCUUCCUCGAAGAACAUAGCAAUACUUACUACUUGAACUAUCCUUAUUGAGUCUAACUACUGACUAUUUUAAACAUAUACAAGGCUCCUCCUAAUCCGACUCGAACUUGAGAAGCUGUCGAGAUACAUUUGAAGGGGAACAUAGGCGAAUCGAGAAAGGGUCUCUGAGGUAUAUCACAGACUCUGAAGUCUCACGAUGGUACCUCGAGUAUACCUCUGAUUUUGAGUAAAAUGUGAGGGGCUUGAGAGAUACUCCGAGAUGGCUCAGGUAUAGCUAAAAGGUAUGGCGGAGGUUUCACGAGGACACAUUAUGGUGUCUUCACGAUCCAUUUGGAGAGGUACCUUUGUGGACACAUUAUGGUACCUUCUCGACUCGCCUGUCAAGGAGCGUAGAUUGAUCUAGGUAAAAGCAUGAGAAAAGCCAUAAUCUCCUUAGAAAAACAGAACAACCUUUUAAUGGCUGAACUAUCCUUGUUGAGUCGAACUCUUAACUGAUUGCAACAUAUACAAAGCUCCUCCUGGUCCGGUUAGUCUGACCCUUGUCGAGUCGAGCCACAGAGGAUGCGAAUGAGCUUGGGAGAGACAUUUGAAGGAAAAAUGUCUAAAUACGACUUUCGAGACCAGUAGGAACGGAAAAACACGCUUCUAUAGUCGAUUAACGGCCAGCUUGGGAACGAAGGGGCGUGGCCUUUCUGCGCUCUCUACCAACUAGGCACUUUCUAUUUUCCCUCGUGCCAGGACCUUUUUUCGAUGGCUCAAGCCAGUUAGGAAUCAGCUAUACUACUAGGAUCAUUCCCAUUGAGUCUGACUCAAAACUAAUCUCAAGAACUUCCAGCGCGUGACGAUGUCCUCCUCGAGGUCAACAUCGCCCUCGCGCUACGGACGCCAACAAUCGGCGCCGGCGCAGGGCCGAAGUCCGAUGGUGGCCAGGGCCGCGCCGGCGACCUACUACGACGAAUCCGAUCGUCACUGGCGACCCUACGUCCAGCCACAGCCUUACAUGUUCUACCCAGGUCCUAUGUACGGUGGUCAAACCCAUAUGCGAUAA